GCAUUUCCGGAGUAACCUGUGUGGCCCUGAGCUCGUGCACCGCUGCCUGAAGCAGCGUAACUUUUCAGUUCAUGCUUUUCCUUUCGUGACAGCUUGACUGGCACGACCAGCGGACUUAAGCGUCGGUGACCCCUGAUUUCACGACUGGAAGCCACGACAACAAAGCCAAGAUGUUGAAUAUGUGGAAAGUGAGGGAGCUGGUUGACAAAGCAACCAAUGUUGUGAUGAACUACACAGAAACUGAGUCUAAAGUUCGAGAAGCCACAAACGAUGACCCAUGGGGGCCCUCUGGACAGUUAAUGGGGGAGAUUGCCAGGUGCACGUUCAUGUACGAGCAGUUUCCAGAAGUAAUGAACAUGCUGUGGACCAGAAUGCUGAAAGACAACAAGAAGAAUUGGAGAAGAGUGUACAAGUCUUUACUGCUGUUGGCAUACUUGAUUAGAAACGGAUCUGAACGGGUGGUCACUAGCGCAAGAGAGCACCUCUAUGACCUGCGCUCUAUUGAGAGCUAUCAUUUUGUAGAUGAAAAUGGGAAGGAUCAGGGCAUCAAUGUGCGACAGAAGGUGAAGGAGAUGAUAGAGUUUGUCCAGGAUGACGACAGAUUGAGGGAGGAGAGGAAAAAGGCAAAGAAAAACAGGGAUAAAUACAUCGGAGUGUCUUCUGACAGCAUGUCAGGUUUUAGAUACUCGGAAGACAAGUUUGAUUUUCAAAACUCACGCUCUAAAUGGGAUGAAGACUGGGACAAGAGUAAGGGGGCGUUCCCUUUUAGUGAUAAACUUGGAGAAAUCAGCGAUAAGAUCGGAAGCACCAUCGACGACACUAUCAACAUGUUCCGCAAGAAAGAUAGGGACGAUUCACCUGACAGAUUCAGUGAUCCAGAAGAGGACAGAGGUAGAGGAACACGAAAUGGACAGUCAGGGAAAUCAGAUUUUAAAGAUAGCGAAGAGACUGUGACAACCAAAAGUGUACAGAUCGUCCAGGCCACAGAGACCACUGCCACUCGAAAAAAAGGAGGCAUCCCCUCGAAAACAAUAGAUUUAGGAGCAGCUGCACAUUACGCUGGUGUUAAACCCUCCACACAGACAAACCCUAGCCAGACGACAUCGACAGUGAGCCAGCCCAGUUCUGGUCUAGUGGACUUAUUUUCAGUAGAUCCUGCACCUGCUCAGCCAGCCCCCAAAGGUUUAAGUUCUGAACUGAUUGGAGGUUUUGCAGAUUUUUCUUCUCCUGCAGCUGCUGCGAGUCUUCCAUCAUCAGCUGUUCCAGCAUCUAGUAAUAACGCAGACUUUGGGGAUUGGAACGCCUUUCCUUCAUCACAACCAGCCGUGCCACCAGCUCAGCCUGUCAACCCGGCAGGAUUAGACCUUUUUUCAGGUCUACAGGCCGCCCCUGUUCUUGCUCCUGCCCCUGUCUCAACAGCACCCUCCGCUGACCUGUUUGACCUAAUGGGUUCCUCACAGACUGCUAGCUUCAGCACCUCCCAAAGCAUGAACUUCUCCAUGACCAGCUCUCAGACUAUGGGCCUACCACUGUCCCAAUCUCAGCCAUUGCAGACUAUGGGGGACCCUUUGAUGCCUCAACAACCAGUGACCCAAAAGCCCAAUCCUAAAGCCCCUGUGCCAUCAACUUGGUCCAAUUCUAAUGUAGAUAUAAGCCUAGACUUCCUUGGCCCUGGCAUGCAGCCACCCAAACCUGCUCAGCCCACCCUCAGCAUGAUGCAGCACGGAGGUCAGAUGCCUGUCAAUAUGAUGACUCAGGGUUUCGCUGGAAUGAACCUGGGCAUGCAAGCCACCCCCACAAUGGUCAGACCACCGGUUAACACCAUGAUGGGAGGUAUGAACAUGGGCAUGCAGCCUGGCAUGGCAGGUGGUGCUAUGUGCAUGCCAGCCAUGGGAGGAAUGCCAGUCAAUCAGGGCAUGAUGGGAAUGAAUAUGAACAUGGGCAUGGGUACGGCUGCCAUGGGAAUGACAGGAAACAUGGGCAUGAGUCCUGCCGUGGGACAACCUAAGCAAGAUGCCUUUGCAGAUUUUGCCAACUUUGGGAAAUGAAUGGGAUCGAGUAUUACAUGAACAAUACUUCUUAAGGUAUGACCAUGAAGAAGCUAUGAAGAGCUAGAAUACAAAGACUACCUGAAAGAUGUCAAGUAAAACUACACAGGAAAUGUUUGUUUUGAGUGAUAAUGAUACACAACUGGAUGAUUAUAUUAUUUACUAUGUUCUUCUCAUCAGCUGUACCAAGGAGCCCUAUUGAGGGCAGGGCGGCUGGUUUGUUCUGAGAAUCAUGUCGGUCAUUGCACAUGCACGUCUCACGUUUUCGUGGCGUUGGGAUUUUGCUUUAAGUCUAAAAUCAAGCCUUGAUGCAGGAUUGCAUGAAGAAAUGUAUUGAUAAUGAAUUACUCUUGUUGACUGUAGACCUUACAAACUCGCAUACCUUCUUAAAUUUAACCCAGUUUGUACUUGGGUUCCUCAUGCUAUAAAAAGAGUUUAUUGAAUGGCCUUCCCUCUUUGCCUUAAAAUGUAAAUAUAUUUGCACACAGACAAUAAAUUAUUAAGUUAAAGGGUUAACAAAUUAAACUGGUGAGGAUUUUUGUAUAGAGCAAAUCACUUUGCAUUUUGUAUUUGAUUUUAUUCAGAAAAAACAUGUUCUGAAGUGAAAUGAAGUGCUUACACAUCAAGAAGAUACAACGACGAAACGAAAACCAUUGUGGCCUUUAAAAUGGUUCGCCUGUGCUUUUUGAAUUGAAAUCCGAUCUGCUUUGCAUCUUUAUGAAAAUGCAAAGUCACACGUGGUGCCUGUCUGUCAGUUGCCUCUCUUCCUGAAUAUUUCAUACAACAUGAAAGUACAGUAUUUACUAAAGGUACUGUUAAAUAAGACGGCGUACAUACAUGCACACAUUUUUUUUAUGUUUUUGCAUGGUUAAUUUAUAAGAAAGUUUGGGGCGACUAAAAGGAUUUUUAUAUUUGAACCUGAUAUGGGUUCGUAUUUUAUGCACGCCUGCUCAUGCUGAGUGUAAAGGGUGAGUCUGUACUACAACCAGUGGAUUUUUAAUACCCAGGAAGCACUGUGAGUUUAAAGAUAUAUCUGAAGGACCAUCAUUGUAUUGUUAAAAUCAAGCAUCUCUAUCCACAGUGUGCACUAAUGCCUUCUCCCAUUCUGAGGCUUUUCACACAGUAUGACCAAAUUCUUCCUUUUUUCUUUUUUUGGGGUUGUGUCUUCGUAGUCUGUAGGAUCUCAACUGUUCAGUUGGUUAUGGGUUAGGGAAUGUUGAUAUGAAUAUGAAACACUAUACAUUUAUGCAAAUCUAUGACAAGCAACAAAAUAUCUUUCUUCCAGUGAGAAUGUUUAAUGUUUUCAAUUUCUUACAAUGACUUGAUUGUACUUAUGAUCUUUUAUGAAUGACAAUAAAGAGUUGAUUUCCA